AUGGUCCAGCAAGACUUCCUACUCAAACCAAACCCAUUCGAAUUCCCAAAACAACAGGAACAAGAAACAUCAACCAUCAACCUCGAACCUACAGCCACCUCAUCCUACAACGUCAACGCAUUCGGAGUGAUCGACAGACCAUCCACCAUACCACGACUAGCCGUCUCAAAUGGACUGCCAGGAGGAGGAGACUGUGCGAAACUGUGUCCACGACAUCAGCGGAUGGCCAACGAAGGAACCAAUCGAGCACUGCAGGAAGCCAUCGAGAAACUACCACAGACAGACCAAGAGGCCAUCAACACCGCCUGGAGCAUCUUCAGUGCCUCCAACGUCCAUCGACGAACAUUGAUCCUCACCGGCCUCUUGACGAUCUGCUGUCCAUCCCAACUGACCUUCCUGACGGACUCCUUGCGCUCGGCUUGUCGGACAGACCCCUUCAGUCGGCUGCCCAAAGAACUCAGCCUCCGGAUCCUGUCCUACUUCGACGCCUUCUCCCUCGGAAGGGCCGCCCAAGUCAGCAAGCUGUGGAAGAAACUCGCCGACGACGACCUGCUCUGGCGCGAGAUGUGCCAGCAACAUAUCGAACGCACCUGCCAGAAAUGCGGCUGGGGUCUCCCCUCGAUGCAGAAACGUAAACGCUCUCCCUCUCUGCCUAGUUCUCAGCAGCUUCGAUCCGACAAACGGGCCAAGUCCUCCGACGAGCUUCUCAACGAACCCUCCUCGACACCAUCCCCAUCCACGCUCCCUCCUCCUCUACCACCACCACCUCCUCCUCCUCCACUUCCUCCCCCAAUAGCAUCAUCAUCCUCUUCUUUACUCCCACCGAUCCUAUUACCCAGCUCAUCCCACCAACAACUACUCUCGAUCCCCACCGGUCCCUCAUCACCCACCUCGACUGGAGAAGAUUCAACCAAACCAUGGAAAUCGGUGUACACCGAACGAUUAGCAUUAGAACGUAAUUGGAGGAAGGGGAGUUAUGUGGAGAGAGUCUUAACGGGCCAUACAGACUCGAUCACCUGUCUUCAGUUCGAAGAGAACUUCGAGUCGCCAAGUUUCCCGAUCCUGAUGACUGGGAGUUGGGACCGGACGAUCCGGAUCUGGAACCUGGAUAAGCUGGAAUGUAUCCAGACCUUGAACGGCCACACUCGGGGGAUCAAGUGUCUGCAAUUCGACACCAACAAGUUGAUCUCGGGAGGGAUGGACCAUUGCUUGAAGCUAUGGAACUGGCGGACGGGCGAAUGCAUCCGGACCAUCCAGGGCCAUCAAGCCCCCGUGAGCUGUCUGAACUUCGACAACGAAGUCCUCGCUUCUGGCUCAGCUGACUCGACCAUCCGGAUCUGGAACUUCAACACCGGCGCCGGCUAUGUGCUCCGAGGCCAUCAGGAAUGGGUCAACACCGUCGCCUUGGACACCAAACCAUAUCCUUCUAACAACUCUUCCCGCACCCUCAAGUUGCUCUAUUCGGGCUCCGAUGAUGGCCAGAUCCGGAUCUGGAACCUCGGCUCACGAGAGACCCUGAAGAUCUUGAUCGGCCAUGUCGCUCAAGUCCAAUCCCUCUCCUUGCGUCCCUCUUCAAUCCUGCUCAAUGAUUCGCUUAUCUCCGGCUCUCUCGACAAUUGUAUCAAACUCUGGAACAUCAAAAUCUCCUUCGAUCUUCCUCCUUCUGCCUCCUCUAAUCAUUCUCGUUUCAAUCAUCACCCUCUUGGAAAUGGUGAUGAUGAUGAUCAGGGUGAUUAUGAUGAUGAUCGAGUGGUGGUGAGUGUGGAUGGGUUUUGUGAACGGACGUUGUUUGGUCAUAUCCAAGGAGUCUGGAGUAUCGAUGCAGAUAAACUAAGGAUCGUCAGUGCUUCGCAUGAUAGAUCGUUGAAGAUUUAGGACGGUUGACGGCAAUUGUGUGCAUACUUUUGUCGACAUCGCCGGGGCUGUAAGCUCGGUCAAACUCACGGAUGAUAGAAUCAUCAGUGGUGGUGAUGAUGGUGAAAUUCGGAUUUGGUGGUUUGGUAAAAAUUCAGAUUAAGAAAAUGUGUAUAUCCAUAUAUACAAACUUCAACACUUGUUCUCCAAAGUCUUCUUUUUAUUCAUGUAUACCACUUUUUUCUUUUUCUUUUUGAUGUAUUUGCUUCCCCCGUCUUUUGUGUGUGUGUUUGUCCAUUGUCUUUUCGCUUCAUGGUUAAUAAAAAAAAAGCUACCAGAUGUGGAUAACAUUACUAUACUUAAUUAUAAACAUGAAGGUCUAUAUAUAAUUAACUGAUUUUUUUUCUUGGAAAGGACUUUUUUACGUUCAUCAUUUUCAUGUUUCAUUAUAUAUACCACAAAUUUUC